AGAGCGCUCGAUUGGCCGAGGGGGGCGUGGCCAAAGCCAGAGGGCAGGACGACCGGGACCUUAGCGCUCGUGAGGGGAGAUUUAGAUUCAAUUAAGUUCCAGAAGAAAAACAGGACAAAGUAUUGGCCUAUUUGAGUGCCGAAUCUUCUUUGUCAGCCUGCCGUCGAAUACAUACUCUGUGUUUUCAAGGACUCCAGAGUGUAAAAAAAUAACCAAUUCAAGUCCCGCUACUUUCUGCGCCUGUUAGCGAUAAAAGCGAAACUACAACUCCCAGAAGCCUUCGUGAACUGAGUCUCUCUGUGCGUAUUCACGUAGUCCUUCGCCGCAAUUGAACAAAAUAAUCCCUUCAUCUUUCUGAAGGUAUCGGAAAUAAUAUUUCAUUUUUCUACUGAUCGGGACAAUUUUAAUUGUUACUGUGAUAAGAGAAGUUACCUAUAGGAAGGUGAUUAAGCGAUUAGGUAAAAGGGAAAGAAAGGACACCAAAUAAAGUGCUGCGGAGGAAUCUUUGUCAAACUGUGAGAGGACGGCGUGCGAAGAAUGAAGGCGUUUGAGAGGGGCUGAGGGAAUUGUCCUCUGUGCGAAGGACUUUCUUUAGGCCCCAGGCCCCUGCCUGCCCUUUUCAUCAGCAGCCAACCCCACAGAGGCUCCAGGAGGAAGGAGAAAAGGAAGAGAGGCUACAAGAGAGAAGAAGCAGAGAGAGAGGAGUGAGUGUUAAAGGGAGUUUCUGGAUUUCCAAAGCCAAGGUCCAGACUCUGGUUCAAAGUGUUCAUCCCAAAAUGAUACCAUUUUGUGAGGCUCCCAGGUAGAAACUAGCUGGCCUUCAUUGGAGAGAUGGAAAACUUGAUGACUAGUUCCACCCUGCCCCCCCUUUUUGCAGAUGAAGAUGGCUCAAAGGAGAGCAAUGAUCUGGCCACAACUGGAUUAACCCACCCAGAGGUUUCGUAUAGUAGUGGAGCCACACCAUCCACUACCAAUCCAGAAUUUGUGGAGGAUCUUUCCCAAGGUCAGUUGCUUCAGAAUGAGUCUUCAAAUACAGCAGAAAGCAAUGAACAGAGGCAUGAAGAUGAGCAAAGAAGUAAACGAGGAGGUUGGUCCAAGGGAAGAAAGAGAAAGAAACCUCUUCGAGAUAGCAAUGCACCCAAAUCCCCCCUUACAGGAUAUGUUCGGUUCAUGAAUGAGCGUCGAGAACAGCUUCGAGCAAAGAGACCAGAGGUCCCAUUUCCAGAAAUUACAAGGAUGUUGGGCAAUGAAUGGAGUAAACUGCCUCCUGAAGAAAAACAGCGCUAUCUUGAUGAAGCAGACAGAGAUAAGGAACGCUACAUGAAGGAACUGGAGCAGUAUCAGAAGACUGAGGCUUACAAGGUCUUCAGUAGGAAAACCCAGGAUCGUCAGAAAGGCAAAUCUCAUAGACAAGAUACAGCCCGACAGGCCAGUCAUGAUCAUGAGAAAGAAGCAGAGGUAAAGGAACGAUCUGUUUUUGACAUCCCUAUAUUUACAGAAGAAUUCCUGAACCACAGCAAAGCCCGUGAAGCAGAGCUCCGCCAGCUUCGCAAGUCCAACAUGGAGUUUGAAGAGAGGAAUGCGGCCCUGCAAAAGCAUGUGGAGAGCAUGCGCACAGCAGUGGAGAAGCUGGAGGUGGAUGUAAUCCAGGAGCGGAGCCGCAACACAGUCCUACAGCAGCACUUGGAGACCCUGCGGCAGGUGUUGACCAACAGCUUUGCCAGCAUGCCCUUGCCUGGAAGUGGAGAAACACCUACAGUGGACACCAUAGAUUCGUAUAUGAACAGACUACACAGUAUUAUUUUAGCUAAUCCGCAAGACAGUGAAAACUUCAUAGCUACGGUUCGAGAAGUUGUGAGCAGGCUUGAUCGUUAGGGAAUGGUAUUAAAGCUUCAAGAUGUUCUGUAAGUGAGGAAUAAGAAGCCAUCGAUGGAAAUUUGAACCGAAUGGGGGCAGGAAGGGAGUACAGAUCACUUUCCUUGGGAAGGAAUUAUCAGUGAGUUAAAUGCCUUCACCCCAGGAAGCCAUAUGAGAGAGCAGCAAAAGGAACAUGUAUGUGAACUUCCUGUGGAAUCGUCCUUGUGUGAAGCUUUGAAAAGUGUACAGCCACUCUCCCAUCUUCAGUUUCCUCUCAUUUCCUUUUCUGUUAAAGUGGAUCUGCAUAUAUUCUGCUGAUUGGGUGACCCUGAGAUUGACAUCUUCUGCAGCAGGAAGACUUCCCCAUUGUUGUAAUUCAGAUUGGAUCCUUUUACCAGUGGAGCUCCAGUUUUCUUACCUGUCACUUUUUUUAAUACCUUUGGGGGUUUAUUUUUUUGCUUCCUUCACCCCCACCAAGUUAUACAUCUUCAUUUUCUGGGCUCUGGGCUUUUUUACCCAGCAGGGUUCUGAAGGAGAGUUUCUCUCAUUGGACAAGCCCAAUCUCCCAUCAUUGCUCUGCUGUGACUCCAAAGAAAGGAGCUUCUUGUUGAUAGUGCCCUGUAGAGCGAGGCUGUGUUUCCUACCCCACACAGUGCUCAGUGGGCGCCAGCCCUCAAUGAGGCUUUGUGAUUGCUGCCCUGAAGGAGAAUGCCCUUUCCUUCCUCCUUGGUACUGCCUGCUGUUUUCUAAGCAUUGCUCCUGCACAUACAUGUUGUCCUAGCCCCAGCGAGGCUCUUUUGUUCCCAUCUGUUGGCAAUGUCUUGUGGAGCAUCUUUGCUGAAGGAAAGGUCAUUGGUAAACAGGAGAGAAAAAGUAGUUUCUCAUUUGGUAUUGAAAAAACUCCUAAGUUUAUCAUAACUGAAAACUGAGGGAGUCCCUGUCUUCUUUAAGUGAACUGAUUCGUGGAUUUAGAUAGGUGGAAACGUUAUUCAAAAUAGUUUCUUGAGUAGACCAAACGGGCACAGAGGAAUUCUCAUGUUCUUUGUUUUCCUUCUGUAGCCUUUAACUGCUGAAUCUAUGUGAAAAGGACAGGUUUCCUUUCCUCCUCCCUCUUCCUUAGCAAGUGAUUGUUUUUUUGUUUUGUUUUAUUUUUUUAACAGCAGAAGGGAAGAGGGGUUUCUGAUGAUUCUUACCUCAGGUCUUUUUUUUUUUUGGACACUCUAGAGCAAAGGCUGAAGGUUGCAGCUGAGAUCUUUGGAACCAAAGCAGAACAUGCGGAGCCCAUUGUCCAGGCACCAUGCCACUGAAGGCAGGUGGAUGGAAGUGUGGCAUCUCUCACAAUAUGCCCACAAGCCAGGGUGGAAGCCAGAAACUCCCUGUCACAUUGCUGCACCACCCUGUCUCCUCAGCACCUCCUUACCUGUUUCUUUAUUUGCCCAAAGGAAAACAACAACAAAAUACCUUUUUUUUUAAUGUCACGUGUGAGCACACAUCAAAUUUCUACAUGCUACAUCCCACAUACCACCACUUGGCAAUUUUUGCCAUCACUGUCUAUUGCUAUAAACCUAGCCAACUUGUCUGCUUCUCUGUGCUUUCUUGUUUUCCUUCUCUCACUUGCUGUUCUUGCUACUUCUCUCAGAUUCUGCCUGCUAAGUCCAUGCUUGUCUAUGGCAGGACACCAAGCUGUCUCUAGAAGUUUGUUUCUGCCUUCUGCCAGAUCCUUUCUCUCCUUUCUUCCUUUCUCCUAAUAUUUCUCUCUCUCUCUUCUUUGUGUUACGUUUUGUACAACUUUAUUAGCAAUGCUGUUGUGACCAGUAAAGGCUGUAACUUGGUCCAAAGAUAUCAUUCUUCUGACUCUAGAUAGGACCCUUGACAUUGACUUGAAAUAUUUGCAUAUCAGGCUACAGAAGAUCACAGGAGAGCCUACAGUCUGAAAUCCUUUUCACAGAAUAAGCAGCCUGCCUUCGAAAUGCUGGCUGGCUCUCCUGGUAGCUACACACCUGGCUCGCUGGUGUCUGGGAUUCAGCUGCUACAAAACUGUCAGGUUCUGUAGAGCAGAUAGUGCCUCCUCCUCUAUUCCUUUAUCCUCUGUGCUCAACGAGAAGGUGCUAAAUGAGGCUACAGGCUAGCACGAUACCUAAUUCAUGUUUCCCAGCAAGCUUGCAAAUAUUACUGUUCUCAUUAAGAAGCCCUGGUUUUUGCACUUAUGUGUUCUUCUCAAGAAAUAAAGUUGUUGCCUAUUCAGUGUUACAGAUUUCCUUUUUUUAUCAUUACUAAAAAUACCACAAGGAACAGCUGAGAAAAGGGAGGCAAGGUAUUUUUAUUUCUGAAAGGUUAAAGUUUAGAAAAAGAUUGUGUACAUGUGUUUGGAACUGUUGAAAUGCCAAGUUUUCUGUACAAGUGUUUUGUAAUUAAACUUUUAGAUUUUCUUUGUUUUUUAAGAAGUUGAUGUGCUUGCUUGACAUUUGCCUCAUUAAAACUUUUCUAUGUUGAAUCCCCCGAUUCAAUUUUACCUGCAUUGUGAUGAAAAAAAAAAAUCCUACCUCUGCCUUUUUGUCUUAAAGACUUUGCCAAUUCUAUAUUAAUCAUCCAGUCUGUUCCGCUUUUAAAACAGCAACACAUUCUUUUACUAAUUGCUUAUUCAAAAUGUGUCUUAACCUGUCUGAAAAUUCAGUUCUUUUAAUGUACAUUGUAACAAUACAGUGAGAUGUAAUUCAUUUGAAUGUGACAGUAGUAUUCUGGAGGCAACUUGAACGUUAAGGCUGAUGUUGUUAAAGUCAGUGAUGACAGUCCCCUUGAUGGGAGAUCUUUUGACAAAAGAGAGAAAUUGUGCUUAAAUACUUGCUGUUUUAAAAUAACUACUACUUAACCAAUCAAAAUCUUUUCUAAAGAAAAUUUAUCACCUAUUUCCACACGCUUUUAAAAUCUUAGGGAUAAGGUAACCAGGCUCCCAAAGCCUGUGGCUUUCCACGUAGCCAGUGAUGUGGCAUUGGGUAAGUUUUGCUUCAUUUCAACUUCAGUUUCCUCUUCUGACAUAGCACACGCCUCAGCUCUCUUACACGGUUGUCAGAGGGAUAGAAUUAGGUAGCAGAAUUGAGCUUGGCUUGGAGGAUAUGAAGUGUCUGCUGUGUGAAUGCCAAGAGUGCUCGGGGUAUCUCAGGCAUGAUUAAGUUUGACUCUGUUUGACAGAAACCCAAAGUAGCAACAACUUAACCAAGAAGAAUUUCCCUUUCAUACAAAAGUAUUCUGAAGGGAGGCAGUCCAAGACUAGUAUGGAGGCUCCUGUCUGUACCAUAACAGGGUUCCUUUCUCAGUGUCACCUCAUGGUCCAAAAUAACCACUUGACAAUCAGCCAUCACUUUGAAAUUCCUGGCACUGUAAAGAAGAAAAGAGGGCAGCAACAAAAUUAGCGAGCCUUCUAGCGGAGUCCCCGCCCUUUAAAGAGUCUUCGUGGAACUCAACGCGUCUGCAGUCACAGAACUACAGCUACCUAUAAGCUGAGAAAUCCCAUCUUUGAUUGGAUAUUACUCUCCGUCCCCCAGUAGUACACAGGCUUUAGUAAGAAAGAAGGAGAAAAUGCACAUACAUAACUCACAGGUAGGUUCACGUCGCCCAUGUUUGACUCCACAGGUGCACAAAGCCAAGCCUGCUGUGUCAGUGAAUGAUACGCAUCAUCUUGCCUUUGCCUCUUGGCCAUCUGAGAAUGACCGUGUACUUCCUUGGCACUGUGUUUUUGUUCGGUUUUGUUUUUUGCUUUUUUCCCCAAACACCCGAAAGCUGAAAACUAACUUCAGCUUGAAUUGGCGUUUCCUGUUCCCACCUUAGGUUUAGGUCCUCUCCUAUGCCUGAACAGCUGGUGGCCAGUCUUGUUUGGUAAAAGUCAACAUAAACAGGUGGUAAUAUUUGCUCCAGUUGUUUGUUCCCUUUCUCUUAACUGCUCAGCAUCUGCUGGAUUAAAACAACAUGAGGAUAAUCUUUCCCUAAGGGUGGAGAAAUUGAAGUAUUGCUCGGAGGAAAAGCUCAUAGCUGCUUCCUGCCCUCUGAAAGAAUUUCCUGCCUUAGAUCUGAGAGUUCCAAGUCAGGGUCAUUUUAUUUGUUCACUUUUUGACACGUAGCCUGCGUUUAGAUAUAUACUUUAUAAUACCUGUGGAAGUAAGCACAAGCUCAUAUGUCAGCUCAUAAAAGAGGUCAGGAUUGGCAGUCAGAUCAGGUGAAAAUGUUCACAUACAUCUACUCAUCCAGAUAUCAUUUUAAUAUAGUUUUCAUGGGAAUGUGUGUCUAGAAAUGUAAAUUCUCUUAGCCUACCCCACUGCCGUCGAGUCGAUUCAGAGUCAUAGCGACCCUAUAGGACAGGGUAGAACUGCCCCACAGAGUUUCCAUGGAGCGCCUGGUGGAUUCGAACUGCUGACUUUUUGGUUAGCAGCCAUAGCACUUAACCACUACACCACCAGGGUUUCCUCUCGUAGCCUAGUGAAGUGCAAAAGCAGAAGGAGCCAUAAGGGGUUAGGAAUGGCACUGAAAAAUUAAGAGCAGGGCCAAUGCAAAGUUUACGGAUAGAAGGAUGUUUGUAAAACCGCCUGUAACACUGGCUCAGUGGGAAGAUGCCUUAGGUAUUUAUGUAGAAAAUAACAGUGGGUAUAGUGGUGGUCUUCCCCCCGAGCCUCAAACACCACAUCUGAUGCCUUAGAGCCAGAGUUUUUCUAAUCAGUUCCUGUGUUCUCUCCAUUUUACUUCAAUUCAGUCUCUACCUGGAGCUACGAAAGUGUCUAUGAGACAUUGUUUCUGUCCUCCAGGAGAUAACAGUCUAGUAGAAUAGACAGACACAGGCAGCUUGUCCCAAGAGCUUUAAUAACCAGCUGCCUUUGAGUCAGUUCCAUCUCAUGGCAACCCCAUGUGUUUCAUUGUAGAACUGUGCUCCAUAGGGUUUUUAAUGGCUGAUUUUUCAAAAGUAGAUUGCCAGGCCUUUCUUCUGUGUCUCCUCUGGUUGGAUUUGACCUGCAAGCCUUUCAGUUAGUAGCCAAGUACAUAACUGUUUGCACCACCCAGGGGCUCCAAAAAUUUUUAAUAUAGGUAAAUAAUUUUUAGAGUGGGAGAAUUACCUGGAGUUCAGCUGGCAAGAGAUGGUUUUUCUGCAACUGGAAAGGGGUUUGCAAUGGGGAUUAGAUCUGAAUCUUGGGGGACCAUCCUCUUAAGUUAUGAGAACUUUAUCUGGGAUGUAAAUGAAAUAUAAAGGUCUGGCCUGAUAAUUGAUCAGUUUUUUUUCUGGUUGAGGGUGGUUGGUAGCUGGACGGUAACUUUAGACAAGAGGUUUCUCAAAGUGCAGUUUAUGACUGAUUUAUUAAGUCAAUAAGUGGGUCAAAGACAACAUUUUUAAAAAUCAAAGAGAAAUGCAUUGCAUGUAGUAAAGUUAUUUUGUGAAGCUUUUGUUUACAGUUUGCAUACAUUCGUAUGUGUUCAUACACAUGUGCUAUAUUACAAUGUAAAAUACAUUUCUUACCAUGAGGUCACAAGGACUAUUUCGCCACCUCUAAGAUUGAAUGGAAGUAGACUGCUGAGUUCAAGUCUGGCUGUGCCACUUCCUACUUGUGUGACCUUAGAUGAGUUGCCGAAACCGCUCCGGCCCCGUGUUCUCAUCUGUAACACAGGGAUAUUUACAGUCUCUGUCCUAUAGGAAUUUUCUUUGUGAAUUAAAUUAGUUAAUCCAUGUAGAGCAUUCAGAAUAGUGACCUUCACAGAACUGACACUCAAGUAUUAGCUGUUAAAAUUUGCAAAAGACUUGAGGGAAAAGAAAAACAACUAGCACUCUUUUUUUGUUAAUUUUGUUAAUUUUAUUGUGGUAAAAUAUAUAUAUAAUUUUUGUCCCUUUAACCAUUUGUAAGUACAAUUCAGUGUCUGCUGUGCUUUCUACAUAAAUUACGUCAUUUAAUUUUUUACAUAAAUUAUGUGAUUUAAUUCUUAUUACUACCUUAUAGAGUAGGACUGCUAUACUCAUUUUUACAGGUAAGUAAAUCAAAGCUCAAAGAUGAGAAGUAACUUGCACAGUUACACGGCUGGGAAGAGGCAGAGAAAGGAUUUAGACCCAGAUAGUUCUGAUUCCACAUUCCACUAUGGCCAUACUGCCUUAGGGAUAUUUAAUGAGACAGAUGAGUUCAAAGCAGCAGCAUAGUAUCGUGAUUGUGGGAACGGGAAUUAAAUCUUUCAUUCAGCAAUAUUUGUUGAAUUUCUUUCUGGUGUCAGGAGCUGUUCUAGGUCCUGGAGAUUCAAGAGAGGUAAGAUCCCUGUCCCCGUGGAGCUUAUAUCCUGUGAGCGAAAAGAGAUCAUAAAUAAGUCACCUAAGAAACUUGUCUCAGCCAGUUGCCAAGAAAGGAUGAAAUGAUACAAACGAGGGUAGAAGAAGAAAGACCUCUCUGUAAAAGAUAACUUUCGAAAAAAGACUUGACUGAUUCUAAGGAGCCAGCCCUGUACACCUACCAGUUGCCAUCGAGUUGACUCUAACUUGUGGCAACCUCAUGUGUGUCAGAGUAGAACUGUGUUCCAUACGGUUUUCAAUGGCUUAUUUUUCAGAAUUAGAUCACCAGGCUUUUCUUCCUAGGAGUCUCCGGGUGGACUUGAACCUCCAACCUUCCGGUUAGCAGCGCAUGGGUUAACCAUUUGUACCACUUAAGGACUCCAGCCCUGUAAAGAGGAAUAGCAAGGCCAAAGGCCAGAAGGAGGAAUAAGCUCUAGGAUUCCAAGGAAUAGAGAAAAGCCAGCGAGGCUGGAGCAGAGUAAAUGAGAGGUGGGGUGGCUCUGAAGUUGCAUAGUAGUCAAUAGUGAGAUCAUGUAGAGCCCUGUAAGAGGUGGUAAAGAGUUUAAAUUUUAUUAUAAGCGUGAUGUGAAGAGAGUUGUAGAACUCUCAAGUGAGUGACAAGGUCUGACUUGUAUUUUUAAAAGCUCUGGCUGCUGUGCAGAGAAUUGUAGGAAGACAAGAAGGAAUCAGUGAGACCACUUAGGAUGUUGGCACAGGAACCCAGGUGAGAGGUGACAGUAGCUUGGCCUAGAGUGGUGGCAGUGGGGGUGGAAAAGAGCAGAUGAAUUCCAGAUAUAUUUUGGAGGCAUAAUGGACAGAAGUUGCUGAGGGUUUGGACAUGGAGACUGAAAGAAAAAAAAGUAAGAAAGACUCAGCAACUGAGUAGUGCAUGGAGGAGGUGCCAUUGUCUGAGAUGGGAUAGAUUUAAGGAUAAAACAUUGUGCAGGAAAAAUCAAGAAUUCUGUUUUGGACUUGAGAUUCCACCAGCUUAUUAUCCCUGGGCAAGACAUAGCUCUCUCCUAUCAGUUAAGAGAUUCCUUUCAGCUCUUAAAAUUCUGUGGUUCCAUGAUACUGCAACUUCAGAUCACCGUUUGCUAACAUUCCUUCCACCCUCGGCGCGUGCGUGAGUGCACACACAGAUCCAGUUACUCAAACUGUUCAUUGAACUGUGAAAUUAAGGAAUGGUCUCCUUUUUAAUUCUUAAAGCUCCUUCAGAAAAGAGUUUUUAAAACCUUGCAUCUGCAUUUGUUUAAGAUUGGCAAAAAGCAGCUGAAAGUUCUAGGAUAUAAAAGUCAUACCAUAACCUAAUGGUUAGAAAAUCCUGGGGCAACUAACUAAUGGAAAGCGUCUGCUUAGAGGAGACUGGCCAAAAAUAUAUUUGGCAUCAUCCAAAGAAGGGUAAUGUGAGAAGACAUCAGUGAUACGGCCAAAAGGCUUAUGGAAUCAGCAAAUGGGUGCCUGCUAGGGGCGCUUUUGCUAUCUUCAAGGAUAGAAAUUAACUGAAAGCAACUGGGUCCCCAAGGUGGAAUGUAAGACAAUAACAUUUUUCUUGGGGCUGGUGGAUUUUUUUAAUGGACUUAUAUUUAUCAAAAGAGGUUCCUGUAUUUAAGGACAAACUCAAGUGGUCAUUAUGGAGUCUACUCAUUCCUCUGGAGAACGAAUACUUUCGAUUUAGUCAUUCAUUCAAACAAACACAUCCAAAACAUGGUUUGGGGGUGUAAAGUUGAGGAAGUCUCUCUCUAGAAGGUCACAAUUUAACAAUGAAUAGACACAAAAGCUAACUAUAAUAAAAAAAAAAAAAAUAGGGCCUGAAAAUGACCAAAGAGAUGUGAACUAAGUGCUCUGGAAAACAAAGGAUUCAGUGGUUGUGCUUGAGGGAGUUCAACAGAGGCCUUUACCAUUUUUAGCUGAGCCUUUAGAAAAAGAGUAGUUCUUUAAAAGAAGCAAGAAAAAAACCUGGACAGAUGAGUGUACCUUUGGUGUGCUCAACUAAAUUCUGUGUGCCUGGAACAUAGGUUGUAUCCAGGUGUCUUAGUUAUCUAGUGCUGCAGUAACAGAAGUACCACAAAUGGGUGGCUUUAACAAACAUUUAUUUUCUCAGUUUAAAAAACCCAUUGCCGUCGCAUCAGUUCUGACUCAGAGUGACCCUACAGGGACAGAGUAGAACUGUCCUAUAGGGUUUCCAAGGAGCAGCUGGUGGAUUCAAACCUUUUUGUUAUUAGCAGCUGAGCUCUUAACGCCUGUACCACCAGGGCUCCUCUCACAGUUUAGGAGGCUAGAAGUCUGAAUUCAGGAUGCCGGCUCUAGAAGAAAGCUUUCUCUCUGUGUCGGCUCUGGAGGAAGGUCCUUGUCUCAGAGUUUCUGCUUCUGGGUAAUUGUGAUGGUUAAUGUUAGGUGUCAAUUUGGCUAGGCUAUGAUCGGUGGCUUGACAGACAUUGAACUGUUUGCUCUUCCAUAAUGUAAUCAUCUCUGUGAUGAGAUCUGCUCUGAGCAGCCAAUCAGUUGAAAAGGGAGUUUCCUUGGGGGUGUGGUCUUUCUCCACUAUAUAAAUGGAUGUCCCAGCAAGGUUCUGGAUCCGGCAUUCAACUCAUCAUCUGACCUCUAGUUCUUGGGAUGGAGCCAGCAUCCUGCCUGUCUGGUCUGCUGAUUUUUGGUUUGUCAGCCCCUGCAGCCAUGUGAGUCAGGAGAAACCUCAAGCCUGACAUCUGACCCACAGAUUUUGGGACUUGCUAGCCUUCACAACUGCGUGAGCCAUUUCCUUGAUUAAAUCUCUCUCUAAAUAUUUAUACAUAUACAUUUCCCUGGUUUUGCUCCUCUAGAGAGCCCAGCCUAAGACAGUGAUCUUCAUGUGGCUUAGCAUCUGUCUUUCCCCACUUCUGCUUCCUCACUGGUUUGUAUAAUCUCUUUUGUAUCUCAAAAGAGAUUGACUCAAAACACACCCCACACUAAUCUGCCUUGUUUACAUAACAAAGAUGACCCAUUCCCAAAUGGGAUUAUAACCACAAGCAUAAAAUAUUUACUACACAUAUUUUGGGGGAGCACAAUUCAACCCAUAACCCAGGGUAUGAGAAAAAAAAAAAAAAGUGAGGUGUUUUGAAAAUGGAUUAUAAUGGACCUUGAAUGCCAUACUAAGGGGCUUGGCUUUUAUUCUGUAGGCAGGGAGAAGGCAUUAAGGGGUUUUUCUUUGCAAGGCAGUGCCAUAAGAUAAAAACUAAAUGAGAAGUUCUUAAUGCCAUGAACCCCUUUGCAAUCUAGUAAGACCUAUAGACCCUACUAAGAAUAAUGAGGCUUUAAGUGCAUAAAACAAAAUACAUAGGAUUACAAAGAAAAUCAACUAUAUUGAAAUAUAUCUAUCAAAAUAUUAAAAUUAUGGUAUAUAGGAAUAUUUGUGCUUCUUAACGCAUUAAAUAACAUGAUCUAAGAGCAGUUCUAAAAACUGCCAUCCUUUUAAAGUGUGAUGGUCAUAAAUAAUAUUUCAACAUCUGCAAUGGCUAUAAUGUGAUGUGAAAAUAUCUAUGACCCUAUUGAUGAAAAAGUCACAGCUCCUGCUAAAACUACUAGGGUUUGUUGCCAACAUUUAUAAUAGAAGGAAAUGCUAAAUUUCAGUUAGAGUUUUGCAAAAAUCAAGAUGUAAUUUUCCCACGUCUGUGUUUGUGGUCCUUAAGGUAAGGACUCCUGAACUCAAGGCAGUGUGGAGAUAGACUUGUGAGAAAACAGAGUUAAUCAGUUGUCAUCCAGUUGAUUCUGACUCAUGGUGAUCCCACGUGCUCCAUAGGGUUUCAGUGGCUGAUUUUUUAGAGGUUGACUGCCAGGCCUUUCCUCCAAAGCACCACUGGGUGAACUUGAUCCUCCAGUUAGGAACCAAGUGCAUCAACUGUUUGUAUCACCCGGGGACCCCUAGGAGACUGUUAAAAUAACACAGGUAUUUAAUGAGGUAAAAAGGGCCCAUAGUGGAGGUGGAGAAAAGGAGCAGAUUGGAGAAACAUUUGGGAUUGACUUGGUUUCUUCUUCAACCCUCAAUGAUGACUCCGUGAGAAAGAAUUUUGGGUAACACCUGGUGUAGCUAGGCAGGGUCACUAGGAAGGCAUCAUAAGCCCAUUAAGCGACUGUCCAUAUACAGUCUGGUUUCAUUAAUUUAUUCAACUAGUAUUUAUUACCAUCUGUGGCAGACACUAAGGAGCACUGGAGGUGCAGUGAUUAAGCAUUCAGCUGCUAACCAAAAGGUCAGCAGUUCAAACCCUAUGGGGCAGUUCUGCUCUGUCUUAUAGGGUUGCUAUGAGUUGGAAUUGACUCAACAGCAAUGGUUUUGGUUUUUUGGUUUUAGGUGACAGACACUGGGAAUACAGCAAAACAAACAUGGUUCUUGUUUUCAUGGAGCUUAUGGUCUAGUGGAAGAAAUCGGAUUAAACAAACAUAAACUUAAUUUUACCAUAUGGAAUCAAACGCAAGAAAAGAGUAGUGGCAAGCAAAAACAUAUUGGCAGGGAGUAGGGACCUAAUUUAAGGACCACUGGUGGUGAAACAGAGCCCUGGUGGUGCACUGGUUAAGAGCUCCAGCUGCUAACCAAAAGGUUGGCAGUUCAUAUCCACCAGUUGCUCCUUGGAAGCCCUAUGGGGCAGUUCUACCCUGUCGUAUACGGUCAGAAUUGACUGAACAACAGUGGGUUUGGCUUGGGUUUUUUUGGUGGUGCAGGGGUUGAUGCCCAGCUGCUAACCCAAAGAUAGGUGGUUCGAGCCCACUAGCCACUCCGCAGGAUAAAAAUAUGCCAAUCUGCUCCCAGUGGUGUCAGCCGUUGUAAAAAUGGCAUGGCAGAGGCAGCAUCUGAUCUCUAACUUCACAAGAAAAAAAGAGAAUCAAGAUCUGAAUCAGCCCAAGGCUGAUUCCUGUGAGACAAAGGUCAAACAUGCCUCCCCUCUCAGCCACCGUUACCAAUUUUGACAUCAGCCAUCCCUCCCAUGGCACUCUCUACUUCUCUGCUGAGUUUGAUAAUUUGUUCCAAUGGCCACACCGAACUCACAGACCGUACGCACAAUUAUGGGCUUUAUUAGGGAAGUAACAGGUUACAAUUCAGGUUUAGGAACACUCAGGAUACAGUUCUUUCAUUAGAACAACCUCUUCUUAACCAUGCCCACAGGCACACCUCUCUCUGGCUCCUCGGCCUCUGCCGUGCUCAGGCAAGUGUUACAAAGCUCUUUUAGCAUUGUUGACAAGUGUUUGGAGGCACCCCACUCCACCAGUGAGCCUUGGCCCAAAGGCACUCAGCUUUAGCUCCUUGGGUCCACAAACCUAGCUCCACCAAGUGCUCAAAGGCACCCUACUCCACCAGCAAGCCUCCUACCCAAAGGCGCUCAGCUUUCUCACUCUGUGGGCCAGGACAUGCCACACCAUGUCCUGUGAGUCUCCUGCCUCAGCUGCUGUCAUUUUUCUGCCUCCGCUUCUUGCCAUCUUCAGUGUUACAGCUCUUCCUAUCUCCUGGUUCCAGGAACUUCUCAGUGCAGGGAUCCCAGAUUCAAAGGACACAUUCCAUUCCUGGCUCUUCUCCUUGAUGGUGGUGAGAUCCUCCCCUUCCACCUCUGGGGUGGCUCAUUUUAAGCCUAGCAGAAUGGCAAAACUGACAAAUUCCCUUGGUGGGUCAUUACCUUAUUUGCAUAGUCCCACUCAAGUAGGACCAUGGCGAGAAAGGCUAUAUGAUCCAUCGCACCUCACUAGGGUUGGUGUCACCCUUCCCCCUGCCCGCGUGGGCCUCAUCCCAUACCAGACCAUGCAGAAUCCUUAGUAAUGCCUUUAUACUAAUUCCCAUAUAUCACUGCUUCUUUUCCUUUAAUAACUACUUCAUUCUCAAAAAAGUUAUUGAUACAGGGUCACAAAUACUAAUUACCACACUAUUGUAGCUAAAACACCAGAAAAUUUGACAAAAUCAGUGUAAAAACAGCAGCAGCAACUAAAACAACAGCAGACAAAACCAUGUGAUUUAAAGCAUCCUUGUACCUGGGUAACAAUGACAGCUCUGUCCACAAUGCAUUAAAGCGUUCAAAAGGUAAAUUAUCACAGAGUUUUAGCCUUGUAGGUAUAUUGAUACAAGUGAGCUGGUAUCACAAAAAAAUGUUUCUGUUGUUAUAACUAACUAUGGGAUAUUUUUAUAAACACUGCACAAAAAUUUUAUAGACAGCCAUUUUGGUGCCACCCCCUCUGAGGUUCUCACUGGUGCAGUCCUUGCCCUCCGUACCCUGUAGUGACCACUGUCUGCUCCCAUAGAGAUUACAGCCUUGGAAACCCUAAAAGGCAGUUCUACUCUGUACUGUAGGGUCACUAUGAAUCAGAAUCGACUCAACAGCAACCGGUUUAGGGACCUAAUUUAGGUUGUGGAGUUAGGGGAGGCCUCUCUGAGGAAGUGACACUUAGGAUGAGACUUGAAAAAUGAGUAGUAGUUAGGUAGAGAGUCAGGAAAAGAACAUUACAGGCUGAAGCCAGCUUUUGUUAAUCCUUUAGAGGAACUGAAAGUGGAGCCGGAGCAGAAAAAACAAGGGCGAGGGUAGACAGGAGUUCUAUGCAAGGUCUUAUAGACCAUCCUAAGGACUUGGGAUAUUUUCCUAAGUGCGGGGACAAACCAUUGAAGGUUUCAAAAAGGGAACUGAUAUAAUCCAAUUUGUGAUUUUAAAAAUUCUUCUGGCUAUUCCGUGAAGAUGGAUUGCAGGGAUCAAGCAUUGAAAUAGAGGUGGUAAGUUGUGUCUGCGGCUAUAGUCCCUGCUAGAGAUGGUGGUAGCUUGGAUUAAGGCUGCAGCAGUGAAGAAUGAAGGGAAAAAAGGAUGAAAUAAAGAUAUUUGGGUGGUAGACUGAACAAGGUGGGUUAGAAGUGGGAAGGAGGGAGAGGCAGCAGCCGCAUACAAUCUCAGCUUCACACAGACUAAGUGUUGUUUGCUGUUGUUGAGUCGCCCCGACUCAUAGUGAUCCCACGCACAACAGGUUAAGGCCACUGUGAUCCAUAGGAUUUGCAUUGGCUGAUUGUUUUUGGAAGUAGAUCACCAGACCUUUCUUUCUAGUCUGUCUUAGUCUAGAAGCUCUGCUGAAGCCUGUUCGACAUCAUAGCAACACGAAAGCCUCCACUGACAGGCUGAUGGUGGUUGUGCUUGAGGUGUAUUGGCUGGGAAUCGAACCCAGGUCUCCAGCACAGAAGGCAAGAAUUCUACCACUGAACUACCAAUGCCCCCCACACAGAUUAGUAGGGGCACUGUUUGGUGAGACGGAAAGCCUGGAGAAGGUGCAGACUGGGGCAGGCGGGAGUGGCUGGAAAUCAGAGAUCCUGUGGGCAUGUUCAUUUGAGAAGUAGGACAUAAGUGUAGGUGUUAAGGAACCAUUCGUAUUUAUAAUUCUAGAGCUUAAAAGACAGGUCUGGGCUUGGGAUGACAUUUAUUAAAGACUCCAUCGAGGCCUACCUGCCCAGAUCCUGGCCUUGCUCUUCUUUUUCCUGGAACUAAAAGUCUGAGCCCACCUACCCCUGCCACUCUUAACUGAAGAUUUCACUCUUUUAUCUUUGCUCUGCUGCCAACUUUGACUAUUGUCCUUCUCGUGACACCACAACAACCUCUGAACCCAGACACAACCUUUGUAUCGCCUUAAAUCAGGAGGCAUCGCUAGGAGUUUGGAGCAUCUAACUUAGGUUUCUCGCAUGAGGUUUCUGCAGGGCAGCUUUGCAUCUAUAAGGAAGGUGUCAAACAUCCUAGUGGCUUACAGUGAAAUAAUAUCUGUUUAUUUGGGCUAAUAUUACAUCAAAUAUGAAUGGCAUAUUUACUGACUGCUUCUUAGAACUGGACAGAAAUAACAGGACAAGUAAGUUUCAGCAACUAAACAUAUUAAUGACACCGGGAAAAGGAAUCUAGAUUAUAGAAAAUGGUAAAUUGUGAUCCUGCAAAGAAGGGGUUUCACUGUAGCCUGCAGACCUGACCCACAGCUAAAUGGGGCCAAGAUUAAUCAUGUCUUGAUCUUAUACAUAAGCCAAAGGAUCUUUUUUAAAGAUCAUGCCUAUUAAAGCAGCAAAGACUUUUCUCCAGGAUAUACCAUAACGAGCUCCAGGCAUUUAAUGAGAGAGACAAGUGCUACUGCUAAAAGUGGUAACCCGCAGCGUCUAAUCUGAAAACUGAAGUGGACCUGCUUGAUCUGCAAAAUAAGGCUCCAAUUCUGGCCACCGCAUUUUUAGAAGUUCUGCUGUAGGCAAAGCUUAAAUCUUCUGAGAAAGAGGAAAGGCUUUUUGUUUGUUUGGUUGGUCGGUUUUGAUUUUUUAAUUAGGUAAGGAUUUUACAUGCAAGGAGAGAUCAGCUGACCCCAGGCUGCAGGCCCAGUAGCUUCCAAAGGCAGUGAAAUUAAACAGCAUCAGGGUGCAAACCAGCCUGAAGAGUUUGAUGGCGUUUCCCCAAAGCCUCUGGAGGAAUAUACAGCAUCCUGAAGUGGGGGGACCUCAGCUUCCAUCUCUGUCACAAUGGCUGUCUCAGAUAAGGGUCAUUGCCUGGCCAAAAAAAUAUCACCGGAAUGAAAGAAAAAGUGUCACUCAUCCUGUCCAUGCCUUCCAUGUCCCAGAAAUCCCUCAUCCAAUGGUUUAUUUAAAGUUGUGUCAGCGCCUACUUGGGUAUGUGGCGGGACACGCCCGGAUGCAGCCCUGACCCUCCUUCCCCCACUGCGACCCUCGCUCACGGGCGGUGGCUGAACUCACUCGCGGGC